GUGAGAGAGGGAGGAAAAGAGAGGGAGAGAGUCCGGACAUUGGCUGCUUUCCUCAGACUCUCCAAGGAGGCAGAGAUGGAAACAGAAUGAACCUGGCAGGGAGCUGUUUCAAAGGAAAAUGCCUCUUGGGUGUCGUUACCCACUGGCAUCAAUAUCAGAACCGAGUAUUUUGGAGAAUGAAGCAGAGACUUCCAAUUUUUUCUCGAUGCUUGGAGGAUUAUGGACCUUGGCUGUGAAGGUUUGGAUAGCUACCUGCUUCUUUAUUUCUCUCCCCUCCCUCUGCUAUAGUCAGCCCUUUAUUUCCGUCACGUGUUAUAUUAUUAUUAUUUUCUAGGAAGAAGGGUCAGCCGGGCUUUGGCGCCGACGUUGAAGAUGUUUUUGCGUCGUGCUUCGCCUCCGUUGGACGCAGGUGCGUUUAGAUUCCCAAACCUGUGGCCGCGCGCUCCUCAAACACUGCGCUGUGAGAUCCUUGCGUCUUUGCUCCAUUGCGCAUGCUCAGUGUGAGAUCCUGAAUGCUGCCCCGACGCGUCUGCGCUGCGUCCUGGCUGCGAUGUAGCAGCAGCAGCAGCUUUGGGAAGUGGAGAGGAGCGGAGGACUGAAUGAGGGGGGAAAUAAACAUGCGCGCUGGGACAAAGUGGCUUCAUCAAAGGAUUUGAGCCGAGAUAGAAAACAGUGGCACUAAGUGAAGAAUGUCAGGGGCACCACAUGCGGAGGCUGAAGGAGUAGUCUCCAAAGUAAAAGUGAAAAAGGAGAUCAAGACAAUCGUGGAGAAUUUGGAAACCAUUCUGGGAGACCUUAAGGAUGUGGCAAAGGAGCUGAAAGAGGUUGUCCAUGACAUUGACACCCUGACCGGUGACUUGCAGUUGGAGGAGGACGGACUGACCGAUAGCUCCAAGACCGACACGCUUAACUCCAGCUCCAGCUCCACCACUACCACAACGACUGCGUCCAGCCUGGAGAAAAUGAAGCUGUUCCCAGAGGACUGCAUCUUCAAAACACAGGUGCCCAUGAGUCCGGUACAGCUCCAUCAACCGGCAGUUCUGACAGUGCUCAAGAAAUCCCACCCUCCCCUGCCACCGCCGAGGCAUACCACACUGAGAGCUGAGGAACACAACAUAAAGAAUCUGCCUCAUCCGACUUUGGUCUUAUCAGGGAAUACGUCAAAGGCUAACGGGUCUUCGCUGAGGAAUGGCGGGGUUUUCCCAUUAAAACCAAACAAGGAUUUAUUCUCCUCUACUCCCUGCUUCAUUUCUGGCGAGAGCGAGAUGCAAGAAACUGGUCUGGUUCCUACGCUGCCAAGGCCAAUGCCGCUUCUUCGGCAUGAGAAAAACAAAUGCCCCAAGGCCCCAGGAAGAGAACACCGCGAGAGAGAGCGGGUUCGUUUCAGCGAGAAGGUCCAGUAUCAUGGUUACUGCCCAGACUGUGAUCUCCAGUACGAUGUAGACGAUGCAGAACUGGACUUACAGGCCGAGCUGAGUGACUUAAGGCUAAGCCCGGUGCAUUGCUGCUCUUCCUCCCCUUCUCCUCCUUCCUCUCACACACUCCCUCAUGCACUAAUGUUGGAAAACGGGGGUCUUUCAGUCAGCCACAGUUUCCCCCCGACAGCACACACUCCCCCACCUUGUGUGUCUCCAUACACACCUUCCCUUAAGCCCCAUAAAACAAUCCUACGUAAAUCAACCACCACCACUGUUUGACCCCCCCUAUUAGGUCUCAAUUUAAACAUUGUUGGAUAAAAAAAUCCUAGUGCUUUCUACUUCAGCUGAACUUCGGAUUAUUCAAGCAAAGAGAGAGGAGGGGUCUGAAGACCGAAAACAAAGUGGAUAAAGAGAAAGGCGAGCAGGACAUCACAGCGAGAUGUGAAACGGCAACAUCAUGGAGGCACUGACACCUAAGCACAGAAGCAGUCGGAGGUUUGAACACACCACAACCUACGCAUGAAUCUUGCAGCCACUUCAGGCUUGUGAUGAAUUGCUUUUGGUGUUCUUCUUUCAGGGCCCAUUGAGAUCGUUGAGCUCAGAGAGGAGUGGAUGCCGGCUUCACACACUAAUCGACCCGAGUUGAUCAGGGAGGAAGAAGCCUGAGCUGAAGCCAAGCGUCAGCCUUCUAGGGCUUGAAAGUGCUAAUGGCUCUGAACUGACAGGAGACAAUAUCCUCCUCUGAACAUGAAACAACCUUUAGGUGGCAGCUGUGCAGUUGGAAAUGACGUAACUAUCAAAAACGAGGCAAAGCAAGAAGACCGGCCACUGCUAAUGAUGUGUUUGUUCAUUGGAUUAAAGGUCAGAAUGCUGCCAAAACCCAUCAAAAGUAAUGGAGUAAUUCUGGAUAAAAAAGAACAAGACAAAGGAUGAACUGAUGUCAGUCGAUGUUUGAUUGAUAUCUGGAGAUUUUUGCUCCGUUCAAACUGAAAUGGAAAUCAAUAGCUCCACUCAACCGAUGAAAUUUGCCUUUUGAGAAUGGUAAAUGUGUGCAGAUUGCCCCACAGGCCCGCCUUCAUACGACAAGGAUAAAAUAGUAUUUUAGAAUAUCCCAACCAUGGACUGUUUCUGUUGCCACCAAUGCUUGGAAAUGAACAGUGGUCUGGUCACUGAUCUAUGUCUAGCUGUCAAAGUUCAUUGUUGAUGUAUUUGCUCAACCGGUGCCAUGCAUCCACACCUACUCCAGAGUUACAAAGCAGAAAGAUUCAGUCCAUGUGGGCAAACCUAUAGCUUUAGGGGAUUGCUGGGGAGGUGAUAAUUUGCAUCAAAUUUUAUUUGUAUACAAAUAAACAUAUACAUGUUUGAUAUCUAUAUAUUUCAGGCAUUUUUUUCUACAGAGACU